UUUUAUCCUCAGAAACCCAAACAUUUUGCUUCAAUGCAAAGAAACAAGACCAUCAAGGUCUACCUGGAUUUGGACCAGCGACAUGGAAUUUGCGGCCUUGCUAUUAGAAAGACUCAAUCGGCCCGAUCGAUCCUUGAAUCUCCUCCAUCUUGUCAUCCAAAAUUGGCUCGUGUUCCAAAGGAGCACGUUCGACUACUUUGACGUCGAUGGUGAUCCUUACACCAGCCAAGUUUUCUUAAUCGAAACCUCCACGGGACGUUACAUUCAUCGGGCACAGGGUCAGAAAAUCGAUUUUGGAGCCACUUUGGACCUGGAUUUCCUGGAAUCCAAAUUGAUCGAAGUGUUCCAAUGUACUCAAGCUUGUCAGGGAUUUCCUUUAGCCGAUGUUUUUGACAACAAAGAGACUUCUAAAGUUCUCCAAUACCCAUACAAGCGACGCGUUGCCAAUGGCUGUCAGUUUUACUACAAUAAGCAACAUUCACACGCCAAAACCAAUCAUCACAUCUCACUGUCUACAUGUCCGCCUUGCUUGGAGGUAUGGCAAGAAAUUGCCUCUCAACAAGUCCAAUUCAACUUGACCGAUGACCCCGAAGCUCGUGGUUCCAGUUCCCAGAACGGUUCGGAAGAAAUCGCCUUGAAGUUCGACAACAACGAGGACCAAGAAGAUCCAUUCCUGGACCUGCAAGGAGACUUGGGAGCGGCUGAACUGUCCUUUGGUUCCGAAGAGGAAUUUGACCAGAAACUACUCGAGCCCGUUUUGGAACACCAAGACACCCAACCCGAUGAGCAACCUCCGAUCUGGCCCGUAAAACGAAAACGGACCCGGAAGAGAAGAAAUCUCGAAAGUCAAGAUGAGGAAGAGGAGGACGUGAAAGAUGCGAAGGUUCCUAAGACCGUUUACUCGUGCGAACAUUGUCCCGAGACCUUCACCUGUCGUCGAGCCUUUCAACGUCAUCGGAAGCGGCGAACCCGAAAUAGGCGACGGGUGGGAUGCCAAGAUUGCGACGAAAAAGACAUUAUCACCUUCAAGCAGCUCAUACAGCACGCUCAAACCAGUCAUCCCGAGAAACUCGAGUACUACCAACAGUUCGUGCCGCCCGAGGAGGAUAAAGAAGCCAUGAAAGAGCCUCUGACCUGUUUCAAGUGUGAUAUGGUGAACAAUAGCAGCUUCAUGAUCCAUCGUCAUAAGGAGCUCUAUCAUCAAUUGGGGGACUAUCGGUGUGACGAUUGCCAAGAAGCAUGUUUGACCUAUUAUGAUUUGAUCAUCCAUAACUAUCAGAGACAUUCCAAGGCCGUGGUGCACAUGGAACCAAACACUUUUGGUCUGGAGAUGGUGACCAAUCCCGAGGGCAAAAUAGAGGUCAAGCGAGCACGAUUGAUGUGCGUGCUCUGUGGAAAGCCAUAUGGCAACGAUUGUGGUCUGUUCAAUCAUUUGCGAGGGGUUCAUUCUUGGGGCCUUUUUGAGUGCAAACCCUGCGAAGAAUCGUGUCAUUAUGCCCAUGAAAUCUCGUCUCACAUGCUGAACUUUCACGAGACCGAUCCCCAGAUCAAAUGUCCCAAGUGUUCCGCCCACUUCAAUCUGACAGAAGAUGCUCAAGUGUUCAACCACCACUACAAAGCUUGCCGUGUUCCAGAUCACAAACAGAAAGAAAAAAUGGAAGGAGCCACCUCUUACCAAUGCCAUUAUUGUGGCAAGGAAUAUUCAUGUAGUCAGACUCUCGGUUAUCAUGUGAAGCUUCACGAAGGUAUCGAACGUUUCAAGUGCAGCUAUUGUGAUUAUGGAACCAACAUCAAAGAGGUAUUGAUCGCUCAUGAGAAGACUCAUCUCCGGAAGAAAGGUCUGGAUAAUAGUGAUACGGAUAAGGUCCUGUAUUAUCAAUGUGAUCGGUGCCACAAACGUUAUAACUUUCCUCGAUCGCUCCAAACUCACAUUAAACGCGACCACGAAGGCAUCAAGCCUUGCUUCCCAUGUCCGGAUUGCAGCGAGAGCUUCAAUUCCAAGACCGUGUUCUAUAAACACAGGAGAAAAGAGCACGGAUUUGUGUCCGGCCGCCUUGGAAAACAUAGGAGGCCCAUUUUAUAACUCAGGCAUAGGUUAAACAAGUGGCGUUACCGCUAGAAUUGAAACACUGCCAUGUCUUCAAUAAAUUGUAAAUCAUUAUGAUCGUCUUACAAACAGGU